CGCGCAGCUGCAUCACCGGCGACGGCGGCGAUGGCACGGAGGAGAAAGACGGACGCCCCGCCGCGGCUGGACGAGGCAGAUCGCACGCUCUACUCCACCUUCUGCGGCGCCGCCAACUCCCUCUCCCAGCUCUACGCGCAGGCCAUGGCCCAGCAGAAGCUCAACUUCCAUGCCGGCGAGCGCCACGCCUUAGAAAAGCUCUACCAGUGGAUCUUGAGGAAGCACGAUGAAGAGGCUAGGCUCACUGUGGCUGAAAUAAUGUCUCAUAUCCAGCAUGAGAUAGACUAUGUAGGUACUGAUGCACAUGUCUCCCCAAGAGUACCUCAGCAUCCUCAGAUUGCAAAUCCAUUCGCCAAUUCAGUUGUCCCACCUGGAACUGGUUUGUAUGGGCAAUCAGCAGCUGGGUUUGCUCCUAGACCCAGUGUCACUGACCAGUCGAAGAAUACAAUAUUCUCUAAUGCCUUAUCAAGCCCAGUGCGCAGGAGUCUCCAGAACUCUCAUACCACUCAAGGUGCUGGCAAUGGAGGCCGGAAUGCAGAAGCAAACUUAGCAGGUGCAAAUAGAGAGGCCAAUUCUACAAGCUCCAACGACACUUCUAUGGAUAUGGUUUCAGACACGAAUGAAUUCUACCAGUGAUUUGCAGUAAGAUGCUUCUGCAAUCAAGCAGCAUCGCAUGCCAGUGUUUUUUUUGGGCCUUUCCUUUCGUUGAGGUUUUCACAUAAACUCUCACCAUUAUGUGAGCAAUGUAGUUGUAUAUCCGGUGAUUCUGGUUUGUUCAAGUUGGUAUUUAAGUUGAAACGUGUUGGGCAUGCUUUAUUCCCCACAAUGUGUUCGUGAGUUCAAAUAUUAUGAAUGUACAUGCAGAUUGCGUUGUGAU